AUGAUGGGCUUUUCGUCCAGCAAGGGCAGCAAGCCUCCUGCUCUGUUCGAAAUAAGAAUAAAGUCUGCAGAGCAUGACGUUAUCGUCGUAAAAGGGGCUCCUCACGAAGCAUCUUCUGUUUUACUCUCGGGAACCGUUGUCCUCUCUGUUUCUGAACCGAUGCAAAUCAAGAAGCUCACCCUGCGAAUGUAUGGUAUGCUGCGCCUUAACCUUACCACAACGUACCGUGGUCCUAAAGGACCUACUGAAAGAAGUUUUAAAUACGACAAACGAUUCUUCGAGCAUGUGUGGGAUAACAUCAACAUUCAAGACUACUUCCACAAUCUUUACGACAACUACGGUUCCCAGCGGUCAAUAUUAAGCAAGACAAACUCUUUCAGUACUUUGUACAACUUGCACAAUAAAGCCAAAUCGACAACCUCCCUAAAGUCCCUGGGAUCUGGUUCGAGUGGAAAUAGUCACCUUUUGGUGAAGGGCAAUUAUGAAUUUCCGUUUAGUGCGAUUCUUCCAGGGACGUUGACAGAAAGCGUGGAGGGCCUUCCAAAUGCGUCCGUGAUCUACAAAAUUCAAGCGACUAUCGAAAGAAGCAAAUUUGCUACGGACCUGAUAUGUAAAAAGCAUAUGAGGAUUAUCCGCACACUGACUCCUGACGCUGUUGAACUAAGCGAAACUAUGUCUGUGGAUAACACAUGGCCCAACAAGGUGGACUAUUCUAUUUCAGUUCCAGCCAAAGCAAUUGCUAUUGGAUCUUCUACUAUGAUCCACAUCUUGAUGGUGCCACUCUUGAAAGGUCUGAAGCUUGGCCCUAUCAAAGUGACUUUAGUGGAGUAUUCUUCUUACUGUGCUCCAUACGGUGCUGGAAAUACUCAAGAGAGGGUUGUUAACAGGGUUAAACUUUCUGACCCUCUUAAUCAUUCGGCUGCAAGCAACUCACUGCAAGAAGACUCCCAAUUCCAAGACAAGUGGGAGGUUGAUGCAGUAUUCAAUGUUCCGCCGAGUCUGUCGAAGUGUACGCAAGACUGUAGCAUCUUAAGCAACAUUAAGGUGCGCCAUAAGUUAAAAUUUGUCAUCUCUCUGAUCAACCCAGAUGGCCAUGUUUCUGAAUUACGUGCCUCCCUCCCUAUCCAGUUAUUCAUCUCCCCUUUUGUAGCUUUGGGUGUAAGGUGCACCGACUCACUCGACAGCAGUGCAAAUAUAUCAGCUAACAGUACAGAUGUUGAAGGAGAUGACGAUGACAUGAUAUUCGCAAAUUCAGCCUCUGAGCUCGACCUUGCUGCCCUCAGUAGUGAUACAGGUCAAAAUAACACGACGAACGUUACAGCGGCUUUGAUGGCUCCUCCAAACUAUGAAAGCCACAUUUAUGAUAGGCUCUGGAGCGGCAUUUCUGUGGAAAAUACUCCAACAACUUCGGGCAGACAGUCUCCAGUUGGUCCCAAUGAAAGUUCGACCUUGAGUAGUCCACAGCAGGUCAAGGAGCUUCAGGAAGGGCUUCAAAAGCUUCACGUACAACAGAGUUUGUCAGGAAACGAAAAUCUUUUUGAAAGUCAUGGAAAUGGGCAGCCCAUAAGCCCUGAGGGGAAUGGCCAGCCUGAAAAUGGUUCCAGGUCUAACCCCCCAGUUGACUACUUUGCAAUGCCUGUGCCCCGUCAUGUUCAAAGCAUGAUGAAUAUGAACACUGGCCUCAGAUCGCCGACCCCAAUGUUGUCGCCAGGUAUAGACUACCUUUCGCGGAACAAUUCGUUUGGCCCAAUACCUCCCUCAUCCAAGUCCGACUGGAAGCUCAAUACUUUAAGUAGAGUUCCCUCUUACGAGAACGCUAUGAAAGGCGACUCUCUACCUAUUGACCUCCCCCCAGCAUAUCCCAACGAAGAUGGCGAGGAACCUACAUAUGAGCUGGAAAGGCCAAAAAUGGCACAUCAGAAGUCUUCUGGAAUGCACAGAACACCCAGUGGCAACCAACUCUCACAUGCUGCGUUGUCAAGAAGCAAUAACAGCUCUUCCUCUUCCCUUCCAAAAUUUCAGCUUUCCAGAAGUAAUACUGGUGGGUCAAACAUAUCAACAAAUGGCGGAUUGGGUGGAGGCAAGAAUACUACCGCGUCAAAGCACUUUGGUUUCAGUAUGACGCCGCUAGGCCACAAAAGGGAACAGUCAAGUACUUCCCUAAAGGCUGAAAAUUCACCCGAAAGAGCAUCCAAUUAUGUAGUAGAUGGAGGCGAAAGCUCUCCCUCUUCGAUUAGCAGAAACGGGUCACUCAUGAAUCUCAAAGGGCUAUUGCGUAAGAAAGACAAAUGA